AUGAGGAUAAAAGGAACAACUCACCUCCAGUUGUUUGUUUUAUUGAUCGUUACCAUCCCUUCCGUCAUUGCUAAAGUGAAAAAUAAAAUCAGCCUUCAAUGGUCCAUCUGCGACUCUGACCCAAAUACCGUGCUCCGCAAGCUUGGUGAAGACAUCCGUGAUCCCGACAAGCUGGACCCGAUCAGCUACUACGAUAGCCAACCCCCAGUUUACGUGCCACAGGGUCUUAUGUUCAGGACCAAAACUAGAGGGGGCCGAGAGAUAUCUGUUGUAAAGGCUAGGCACAGUGAAGACACGAAAGAUGUGCCGCACGGAGUAACCUGCCUUUGGGACCGCUAUGGUGACGACAUCUAUUUCGUUUGCUCAAAGCAGUCCCAUGUCAAAAGAUCAAGGCUUUGGAGCAGAAAACAAAUCGACCUUGCUGAGAAUUUCACCCAGGUUGCUUGGGAUGAACUCAAGCAAUAUGGUCCUUAUCUGAAUCCAAAAUGGAAGCAUCUCACGAUCGAAGGAUACAAGGCUGUGUUCGACGAUGUGGCCGCCGACCGACAUCACUUGAUGGAGCUAGAAGUGAAAGUUCCGAUAUCAGAAGGCCGUCUCGUGUACCAGAUCAUUACCGGCCACCUGGAGAAGUGUGCGGUGGUGCUCUGCAAGCACCAAGAAUCGAAGGCAAUGAGACUGUUUCGAGAGAUGGGUUUUCGCAUUGAGGAUGCUGAUGUAUUGAUGACACCAGUUGGGGAUGCACAAGGAACCCUGUAUUAG